CGAACCAAUCAGAAUCGUCAUAACAUUGACGCGGUAAAUUGAAUUUCAAACGCAAUGGCGCAGAUGUCAAAAUUUUGAGAAAAAAAUCGAUUUUAUGAUGAAAAAAUGGCUGUCUACACUGGCAGAAGAUGGGUCAACCCUCUAAACAAGAAAAUUGGAAGGCGAACAGGUAAAGAUGUCAGGGCUGGAAAAAAUAUAAGAGUUGAUGAAGAUGGUUUUGAAAAUUUUGAUGACUAUUUCUCAGAAUCUGAUGCAGAAUUGACAAGGGAUUUCACACGGCAUCAAGCUAUAAAAGAGGAAUCUGAAAGUGCUGGUACCCAGGACUCUGAAGAUGAGUGUAAAGAGAACCAAUCCUUACAACAUAAUGCUGUGUCACAGAAUAUGCCAAAUUCUGUCGUGUCCAAUACUACAUGUAACAACUUUCAGUCAAGUCAAACACUCAGCCAGGGUGAUGCAUCAAACAGGUCUAAAUUUGGUUGGCUUAGGAAUAGAAACAUUGGCAGGAGAACAGGGAAAAACAUAACUGCUAACAAGCAAAUCAGGAUUGACGAAAAUGGAUUUGAAAAUUUUGAUGAUUACUUCUCAGAAUCAGAUAUGUCCAGCGUUUCUUCAAGACUGAGUGUUUCUGUUGUGAAGCCGUAUCCUAGAAGAGGGUCCAUCAUAAAUAGUCAUCAUAAAGAUGAUGGAACACAGUCACUUACCUCGCAAGAAUCACAUGGAACAGAUGAAUUACAAAGCAGUGAGUCUAGUCAGGAAGAUGAUGGACAUACUCAAUCAGAAUUACAAGAACAAAACAAUAGAACCAACAAUACAGGACAUUCUCAUCAUGAAGGCAUGUACACGUCAGAUGACGAAAAGACAUUCACCCCUAAAACAGAUCAAAGUUCAAACCUAACACAUUCAUCUAGAUCAUUGUCUGAAUGUGAUGAUUUAACAUAUGAGCUUGAGAAAGAAGCAGCAAAGACAGAAAAUGAAGCAAACAAUACAAAACAAAUAUCUAGAAACCAAACAUUUCCACAUAGCCAUAUUGAUACACCAGUUUCAUCCAGAAGUAGUCGAUCAUACAGUAAAGUUGUUAGUGAAGGAUAUUCCAGUAGUAAUAUUAGUUAUACUAAAUCACAAGAUAGUAAAUUGGAUAAAAAUGAUUCAUCAAGACAAACUUUAAUGAAUGACAGUGAUGAUAAAAUUUCCCAAGGGGAGCAUAAAAUGAACGUUGAAGUUAAUGAAUUAAAAUUAGAGAAAGAUAUUGCAAAAAGUGACAGUUACAAUAAUACUUCUCAAAGGAAUGGUAAAACUUCUCAAAGGAAUGGUAAAAUGAGUGUAGCUAUAAAUAAUUCAAUACACAAAAGUCAAUCAAAGACAGACAAAAAACAUCAGUCAAAUGUCAGUCAUAACAACAUUUCUCAAGAGAUGCCUAAAAUUAGUGUUCAGUCCAGUGAAUCUACUCUUAAACGUGAAUCAAAAUCAUCUGAAAAUACAGAGGACUCUUAUAAUAGUGAUGAAGAUCGUGAUUCUGAAAGUGAAAUGGACAAUGAUGAAGAUGAUGCUGGUGAAGAGCAUGAAGAUGAAUCUGACACUAAAGGUGAAGAUUUAGAUGAAUCUGAAAGUGCAGAGGACAAUAACACAGAAAAUCUUGAUGAUCAAUAUUCAGAUAAUGACCUGCCAGAAGAAACUGAUAACGUUGAACAUUCUGAUAAAGAAUCAGAUGAAGAGAUGGUUGAAGAAGAAAGCACAGCUGAAGUAGAAAAGACUACAACAGAACUGUCAAAACACAUAGAAAAAGUGCAAUCUAUAAACAGGGGAGACAAAGGAAUUAAUAAGAAUCACAAAUCACUGGAUGAAAAUAGUGCACAAAUACAUAUGACAAAUGAAAGCAAAUGCAUGUCUGAAAAGGGUAUUGAUAAUGAGGAACAUGAAGAUGACAAUGAUGAUGAGGAAGAGGAGGAAUUGAGACCAUCACAAGCACCCUCAAACAUAGAUGUUGCUGGAAACAAAAGUGGUUCUAUAACUAAGCUAGAUAUUCCUACAUCUGUUGUCAGCUUUAAUAGAACUAGGAAAAGGUUGUCAUAUUCUGCGAGUGAGGCUAGUGAAAAGUCUAUAAAGAGGAAUAAAAGCAGAAUGGAAAAAGCAAAUGCAGAACUUUUUGAUACAGAUGUUUCCGAAACCUCUGCAACAAAAACGACUGACAACAAAACUUCAGUUCAGACAGAUACUGCUGAAAAUUUGAAUAAAGUAAAAAAUAAGAAAGCUGAAAAAGAAAAGUCGGGGGAAAUUAAAGUUGCAGGUGAAGAAAACAAUGACUUUGUAUGUUUAACAUCUAGAAGUACCCUUGCUCACACAACAGAACUUGGUAAUAAUGAGAAUGUUGAUGACGAUGAUGAUGAUAUUGUGAUUCUAGAUUACAAUAAAACAAAACACACAUCUCGAGUGGAAAGGAAACUUUCUACCAAUAAUAAAUCCAGAAAACAGACUAAAAAAUCUGAUUCAGAAAGUCAAAGUGACAGUGGAAACCAAAUACAAGUAAAACCAUUAAAAAAGGGUACCAAAAGUGAGAUUAAAGUGAAGAAAACAAAAGGUGACAAUAAAGUCAGGCGGAAAACUGCACAUGAGUUAAAUAAUAAAGGUGACUCAAUAGGGCAGAAUGAUAAAACAAUAGGUGAUGAUUUAAUAGAAAAUUUAAAUAUUGAUGACAAUGUUGUUACUGACCCUCACAGUGAUAAUGAUAUGCAUAGUGUUAAUGAUGAUGAAGUAAUACAGGACAUUAGAAAUGAGACUCAGAACAAUGAUGAUAAAUUGAAGAAAGGGAGAAAAGAAGUUUUAAAUGAAACAAACAAAUCAGCUUUUGAGAAAAACUCAGUGACAAAAAGUCGUAAAACAAAAAAGGGGAAGUCACAAAUAAAUUCUAAUGAAAAAACAGAUCAAAUUGAUUCUAAAACUUCAACUUUAAUUGAAACUGAAACAAACAGUGAUUAUGAUUUAGUGAUACAAUCACGUAAAAGAAAAUCCACAAAGAAGAAACAAUCACAAGUUGAUAGUAAAAACUCAGAAGUAAAGAAACAAAAAUAUUCAAAGAACGCCAAGUCUAAGAGAUCUGCAAGCAUAGAUACUAAUGAUGUAGAUAUAAAUGAUACUAAUGACAAUGACUAUCCCAAUAUUGAUAAUAGUGAUGAAAUAUCACCUGCUCAGAAAAUUCAGAACUCUCCCAAGAACCAAAGAAAAGGUUCAAAAAUAGAACAUAGAAACUAUGAACAAGAAAAUAAAAAAGGAUCAAAGAGAAAGUCAUCCUCUGAAGAUGAUGUGGAAACACAAGUGAAGAAAACAAAAACUAAGAAGACUAAAUCUGAUAAGAAAUCUAGAAGCAAAUCAAAGAAAAAUGUUUCAGAUGAUAUUACUAUAUCUAAUGAUAGGAAUGAUGACAUGGUUGAUUAUUCUAAGAAUAUAACACCAACAGUUGACACAAGGCUUUCAAUGCCUACUAACUUUGGGAGUGGUGUGUCAUUUAGAGUCUCUCGCAGAUCAGAAUUAUUGGAAGAUGUCAGAUCAGGUUAUAUUGGGAAGAUAAAUGUUGAGAUGGAGCGCACAGGGGGGCUAACACCAUGUAUAUCUCGCCCUGGUGCAACUAGAAAGAGUAAAGGACGUAGAGUGACCAUUUGUCCUGAAGAGAACAUAGAACACAGUCUGAAUACUGGAACACCUUCAUUAAACUCUACACCUCUGCCAAACUUCGACUCCACUCCUGUUCAUAUCUGUGAGACUACAAAUUCUGCAACACCUUGUGUAGAUGUUGAAAGUGUUAUUGAGGAUAGACUAAUUAUACCAUCACCAUCUGAUGAAGGGCUCAGAAGAUCUCAGAGAACCAGAUUGAAGCCCAUCGAAUGGUAUAAAAACGAACGAGUUGUUUUUGACUAUAGGAGAAGAUCUGGUCCAGCUAUUAUUGGGGUGAAGCCCUCUUUGGAAAUUAAAUAUAAAAAACUGGAAGAAAAGAAGAGCAAGAGCAAAAAACUAAAAUAUCAGAUAAGGAAAGCUUCUCAACAGGGAAAGGACAAGCCAUACAGGAAACUGUCUAUACACAGAGAAAUUCCUCCUGAUAUAGAUCUAGCAGACAAAUCUGACCCUGAGAUUACUAUCUACAACCAAAACCUAGAGUCAGAAGAUGGCAUAGCGUGUAUAGGGAAACAUGAAGCAUUUAAAGCUGUUGGUCCCAGCCAUAAAACACCAAAGAAAGAAGAUCCUUACCUCAUCACUAAACAUCUGAGUCAUCCAUGUAUGUCAGCAGGCAGUUUGUCUAUCAAACCAAAUGCUGAAAAACCGGAACAAUUAGUAACAGCUGAUUAUAUUGUCUUCUUCAUUGAUCAUGGUAAAGUUCUGGUUAAAAUUCAUAACACAACAACAUUAUUAGAGUCAGGAGAUACAUUCAUGGUUCCUAUAGGUAACACAUACAGUAUAUCAAAUCUACGCAAUGAUACUGCCAAGUUUUUCUACACAAUACAUAAACAGUGGGAGAAUUCUGAUUCAGGGGACAAUUCAGAUGCUUGUGAUGUCAAUAUUAGCAAUGGAAAAUCUAAAAGAGUGAGUAAUGGGCCUGAUAUAUGCUGAAUUAGAUAAACCAUAUAACCCAGCAAGAAGGCACAUGAUCAUAAAGUUACUGGAGCAGUAUUGCUUAUCACAAGUUGUGGUUCAGAAAUAUUUCUGGUUCCUGGUGGAAAAGUAACGCCAAAAGCCAUGAAUUUGUGUGGAAUUGACUUUAUAAAGUAAAUUUAGCUCUGUGACUGUACACAUAUUUUCCUGUCUUUUGUAAUGUAUAUGUUUAUAUUCUUACCGACAAAAAUAUAAUAUAUAUUCUUUGCUCAUACAUGUAUAUAUUUUGAAUGCCUUUCUCCUAUUAAAUGUCUUACACUUUACAUGGUAAACAGAAAUAUUGGACUGUACAUACUUUGUUAUGACAGAUUUUAGUGUCAGAAUUUAUCAGAUUUACAGUAGUGGUGAUGUUAAUGAGAUAUAUGAAGCCAGACCAAUAUGUUAUACCACAGCAAGUUAAUUAUAUAUUUUUGUAUGAUAUAUAUUUAUGCCCCCACAAUGUGGGAGCAUAUAGCGUUGCACUUGUCCGUCCAUCCGUCCCGAAAUCUUGUGAAUGCAACUCCUCUUAAACCGGAUGGCAGAUUUUGCUUAAACUUCCAGGGAUUAACAACCUGAAUGUGUAGAUGGUAGUAAAGGAAGGAAAUUUUGCUGCGACCAAAUUUAACAGAAUUAUGGCCCUUUGUUGAUUUUUAGUUUUCAACUUGUGGCACAUGUAGUCAAAAAAAUAUUUGACCUAGAGUCAUUAGAUUGACAGAUCAGUGGUGUGUGGGGGCAUCUGUGUCCUAUGGACACAUUUCUAGUUUUCUUUGGUUAUGAAAUAUGAUGUUUUUACUAGUCUAUUUAGUGAACUUUGUACAACACUUCUUAUGUUGAAUUUAGAGCAAGCAUUAAAAUUGAAAUUAAUGCGCGUUUUAGUGGAUUAUUUGAAUAUUUAUAUUGAAAUGAACUUGAACUUGAAAUGUCAAAUAUAAAUACAAUAAACUG